CGCUGCUGAGUGGGUCGCAUUGUGUUGUAAUAGCCAGGAUUGCUUUGUGUGGUUUUCUAUUGCUUUGGAAAGUAGCUUUAGCGGUGGACUGGUCUACACGGAACAAUGAACGGAGAAUGCAGGUGGAUUAACAUUAUUUUAACGAUCAUCGUGUAAUGUCUUAACUAGUGAUUGUUCUGCCAGCAAAGCCGAGACAGCGUCGUGUCACACCUGACAUCUCUUCCCAGCGCAGAAUCAACAACAGCGCUGCUCCAUCGUGCUGCUCUAUUGUGGGAAACGUUCCGGAUUUUGUUAGCCUUACAUCGCCGACACAUCGUUCAGAUGUUCGCGGAGCGUAUUAGCGUAUUUUUAAAGAAAUAGCAUCUCGGUACUACUUCCAUAGUGCCGAGUCUUAAAAAGUGAUUAACUGAACGGUGGAUGAGUGACCUGUCUUUGAUGUCCUCCUAACGAAAUUAAUGUGAAGAUGUGGGUCAACCCGGAGGAGGUUUUGUUGGCCAGCGCGCUGUGGAUCACGGAAAGAGCAAAUCCCUAUUUCAUCCUUCAGAAGAGGAAGGGACAUGGAGAUGGAGGUGGAGGGCUCGCGGGGCUGCUUGUGGGAACGCUCGACGUCGUGCUGGACUCCAGCGCCCGGGUCGCUCCUUACAGAAUCCUGUACCAGUCCCCCGACUCCCUGGUGUACUGGACAAUUGCCCACGGAGGCUCCCGCAAGGAGAUCACAGAGCACUGGGAGUGGCUGGAGCAGAACCUGCUGCAGACGCUCUCCAUCUUUGAGAACGAGAACGACAUCACCACCUUCGUCAAGGGCAAGAUUCAGGGUAUCAUUGCAGAGUAUAACAAGAACCACGACAUCAAGGAGGACGACGACACGGACAAAUUCAAGGAGGCCAUCGCCAAGUUCCGCAAGCUCUUUGGAAUGCCCGAGGAGGAGAAGCUGGUGAACUACUACUCCUGCAGCUACUGGAAGGGCAAGGUGCCCAGACAGGGAUGGGUCUACCUCAGCAUCAACCACCUGUGCUUCUACUCCUUCCUGCUGGGCAAAGAAGCCAAACUGGUGAUCCGGUGGGCGGACAUCACCCAGCUGGAGAAGAACGGCACCAUGCUGCUGCCCGACAUCAUUAAAGUGAGCACCAGGUCUCACGAGCACGUCUUCUCUGUCUUCCUCAACAUCAACGAGACCUUCAAGCUGAUGGAGCAGCUGGCCAACAUCGCUAUGCGGCAGCUGCUGGACAACAAGGGCUUUGAGCAGGACCGCUCUCUGCCCAAGCUCAAGAAGAAGUCUCCCAAGAAAGUGUCUGCUCUGAAAAGGGACUUGGACGCCCGAGCAAAGAGCGAGAGAUACAGAGCCCUCUUCAGGCUUCCGAAGGACGAGAAGCUGGAUGGACACACAGAUUGCACCCUCUGGACGCCCUUCAACAAGACGCACAUCGUGGGCCAGAUGUUUGUGUCCACCAACUACAUCUGCUUCACCAGUAAAGAGGAGACCCUGUGCAGCCUCAUCAUCCCACUGAGAGAGGUGACAAUUGUAGAGAAGGCAGACAGUUCCAACGUCCUUCCCAGUCCCCUGUCCAUCAGCACCAAAAACAGAAUGACCUUCCUCUUCGCCAACCUCAAAGACCGGGACUUCUUGGUGCAGAGGAUUUCGGACUUCCUGCAGCAGACCACGUCCAAGAUCUACUGUGAAAGGGAGCUGACGGGGAGCUUCAACAGCUCUGACGAGGAGGCCUACUCCCGACACAGCAGCCUCCUCUCCUGCAGCCCCCAGGCCAGCCUGGUCUCCGACGCCGAGGGGGACCGUCACUUCAACCUCAACCACAACAGCGUCCCCACCGCCAGCCAGGCGCUCAUGACCAUGUACCGCAGGCGGUCUCCCGAGGAGUUCAACCCCAAGCUGGCGAAAGAGUUCCUGAAGGAGCAGGCGUGGAGGAACCACUUCACUGAGUACGGCCAGGGCGUGUGCAUGUACCGCACGCAGAAGACCAAGGAGCUGGUGCUGAAGGGCAUCCCAGAGAACAUGAGGGGGGAGCUCUGGCUGCUGUUCUCAGGAGCCAUCAAUGAGAUGACCACUCACCCGGGGUACUACGAGGACCUGGUGGAGAAGUCCAUGGGCAAGUACAACCUGGCCACGGAGGAGAUCGAGAGGGACCUGCACCGCUCCCUGCCCGAGCACCCUGCCUUCCAGAACGAGAUGGGCAUCGCCGCCCUGCGGCGGGUGCUCACCGCCUACGCCUUCCGCAACCCCAACAUCGGCUACUGCCAGGCCAUGAACAUCGUCACCUCCGUGCUGCUGCUGUAUGCCAAAGAGGAGGAGGCUUUCUGGCUGCUGGUGGCCCUGUGUGAGCGGAUGCUGCCAGACUACUACAACACCAGGGUCGUAGGUGCGCUGGUGGACCAGGGCGUGUUCGAGGAGCUGGCCCGGGAGUACGUGCCGCAGCUGUACGACUGCAUGCAGGACCUGGGCGUCAUCUCCACCAUCUCGCUGUCCUGGUUCCUCACGCUCUUCCUCAGCGUCAUGCCGUUCGAGAGCGCCGUGGUCGUGGUCGACUGCUUCUUCUACGAGGGCAUCAAGGUGAUCUUCCAGCUGGCCCUGUCCGUGCUCGACGCCAACAUCGAGAAGCUGCUCAACUGCAAAGAUGACGGGGAGGCCAUGACUGUCCUGGGCAGGUACCUGGACAGCGUGACUAACAAAGACAGCACUUUGCCGCCGAUCCCACACCUGCACUCCCUGCUCACAGACGACAGAGAGCCCCACCCAGAGGUGGACAUCUUCAAACUGGUCCGCAGCUCCUACGAGAAAUUUGGCAGCAUCAGGGCGGAUGUUAUCGAGCAGAUGCGCUUCAAACAGAGGCUGCGGGUGAUCCAGACCAUUGAAGACACUACGAAACGCAACGUGGUUCGGACCAUAGUGACUGAGACGGCCUUCAGCAUAGACGAGCUUGAGGAGCUCUAUGUUCUGUUUAAGGCCGAGCACCUGACGAGCUGCUACUGGGGCGGGAACAGCAACCCCACGGACAGGCACGACCCCAGCCUGCCCUACCUGGAGCAGUACCGCAUCGACCUAGAGCAGUUCAAGGCCCUCUUCAGCCUGCUCUUCCCCUGGGCCUGCGGCGCCAACUCCGACACGCUGGCCCUGCGCUUCUUCCGACUCCUGGACCAUAACGGCGACUCGCUCAUCAACUUCCGGGAGUUCGUCACCGGACUGAGUGUGCUUUGUCAUGGAGACCUGACAGAGAAGCUGAAAUUUCUCUACAAGAUGCAUGUGUUGCCUGAGGUGACGCAUGAACAGGAUGAACCCGACUCUGCCUUUGAAGCCACCCAGUACUUCUUUGAGGACAUCACCCCGGAGACAUCCCAUGGGCUUGAUUCCAAGUCAAAGAACGAUAAGGACGAUGGUUUUGUCAGAGUCACCUUCAAGACUGAAAAAGUGAAGAAGAUGCACACUCCUGACUACCGCACCUACUUGCGCCUGUGGAACCAGGAGACCAAGACGAAGCUGGAGAACAUGAAGGAGCUGCCGAAACUCAACCAGGGCCAGUUCAUCGAGCUGUGUAAGACUCUGUACAACAUGUUCAGUGAGGACCCCAGUGAGCAGGAGCUGUACCACGCCACAGCCACCGUCACCAGCCUGCUGCUGGAGAUGGGGGAGGUGGGCAAACUCUUCUGCAGCCCCAGCAGCAAGGACGAGGAGGAGGAGGAGGAAGAGGAGGGCCGAGCCCGAGAGAGCGGCCGAGGCCAGGGGAAGGAGCGCGCCGCCUUCCCGCAGAAGGGGGGCCAGGGGGACCCCUUCCUGCAGGGGCUGGGGGUCGGGGAGGAGGGUGGCGGGGGGUCCGGCAGGGAGCAGCUCCCCUGCUCACAGAUGGAGGACAUCAAGCUGGAGGACUCGUCCCCGAAGGAGACGGGCGUGUCCUCCGCCAUGCUCAUCUCCGACGACGAGACCAAGGACGACACCUCCAUGUCCUCCUACUCGGUGCUGAGCGCCGGCUCCCACGAGCUGGACGACAAGCUGCAGUGCGAGGACAUCGCCGACGACACGGUGCUGGUGCGCAGCGGUCACCACGGCGACGGCCUCCCGCACAGCGCCAGUAUCGACAAGGACUGGGCCAUCACCUUCGAGCAGUUCCUGGCCUCGGUGCUCACCGAGCAGGCCCUGGUCCUCUACUUUGAGAAGCCCGUGGAGGUGGCCGCCCGCAUCACCAACGCCAAGAACAUGCGGAAGGCGGGGCCCCUCAUGUCCGCCAGCGACUACGAGAUCUCCUCCCUGUCCGGCUAAAAGAAGGCCCUCGCUCCGAAAUCAAACUAGAAGCUGCAUUUUCUUGCAUUCCGUUCGACCUGUAGACCUGUUAGAACUUUACGCAGGUCAGCUCUAAACAAUGUGAUUUGUUUGUGUAAGUGUACCAUGUUGCAUCUCAUCCGACUGUCUGGUCGUAGGAGGACUAUAUAUAUGUAUAUAUAGUCAUGUGGAAUUCACUUAUUUCCAUAGAAUUAUAACAAGAGGAACAAAAGGUUUGAUUCUCUACUUGAUCAAGUGUGUGAGAUAGCAGUUUUAUUCUUAGACUGUUAAAGUUUCACAUGAAGGACCCAGCAGUUGGACACAUAGCCAUAGAGUAGAAAAAGGGUUUGUUGUUGACUUAGAGCUGGAAGUGCAAUCCUUUUAAAUGUGUCUUCACUAUACUAAUUGAGCUUGCUCUACUUUAUAUGGAGUAAUGUACAGUCCAAUACUAAUAACCUCUUUGAACAUGUCCGGCUAUGUAUUCUGUCGUUGUGAUCUACACUUACUCUUAACUGCAAAGAUACAAACCUGUAAUGAUGUUCACAGCUGCAUCUAAUGUGAAAUGUACUUCUGUGAUUUGACUACAUAUCUACUUUGUAUAGAUUUAAUGUGUUAGCCGUCAACUGAAAUGUUCUGUUUUAAACUGGAGCAC